AAAAAAAUAACCACAAUGACCAUCUCUGCCUCUCUGAGUGCAACGGAAACAUCUGAAAGCAGAUGUCAAGAUGAAGUCAUGUGCUCAGGAGGGUCGACUUUGUCAAAGAGAGAGAGAUGACUGUGUAUAUAUGACUAUGACUGUUCAGAUGACUGUGUAUAUAUGCAGUUGGUGUUUGAAUGGCAAAGGGUGAAGUGAUAUGACCCUAUCAUGGAGACUCCCUGUGCUUUAGGCUGGUUUCUCCUCUGUCUACUUUCAGUCAGUGAAUGCAUUGACCCUAAAGUCAUUGGUAUUGAGGGCCAGAAUGUCACUCUGCCAUGUAAAUAUAACACCAUAAAGCAAGGUGUAUUAGCCAUAUGCUGGGGGAGAGGAGCCAUACCGAACUCUGGUUGUAACAAGGAAAUCAUCUCAUCUGAUGGCACUAAAGUGACAUGGAGAUGUUCGGUUAGAUAUAAUUUAUUCGGGGUGCUGAAGACAGGGGAUGUCUCUCUCACAAUCCUCAAUGUCACUGAAAAAGACUCUGGACAAUACGGCUGUCGUGUGCAUGUUUACGGAUUGUGGAAUGAUGAGAAAUAUCAUGUCAACUUGAACAUUGAGAAAGCACCUGUCUCGACAACAUCUCAGGCACCGGCUAAUGUGACCAUAACUCAACAGACCAUGGACAACCACACACACUGUCAUGUGACCACAAAUUCCAUAGAGUAUUCAGACACUUCCACGCCACUUUACAGCGAAUCAAUUUUGGAGCAGAUGACAGGUCAGCCUGUGAUCCUGGUGUCCAUUCUACUGGUUCUGACAGGGGUGGUGAUUGUGUCUGUACUUGUCGUCUUGAAAAGGCGAUGGAAAACAAUUGCUACGGUAGUCCAAAUACCAGAGCACUCUGGCAGCUCAGUCCUGUACAGCAACUCAGAGUCCAGCUUGGGUGUGCAUACUCGAGAGAUGGCGGUGGAGAACGUCUAUCAAAUAGAUGACAACGAGAGAGACGACUAGGAGGAGUGCCCCCGACAAAGCAUGGACACAUCACCACAGUCAUGCUGUUAACACGCGGUAGCUCUGUGUUUACAGGGCUGAGUCUGAAUUUAUAGGCUAAUGAUUCAACCGGACAAGACAAGCUAUUAUAAAAUCAGAUGCUUUUUGGUGAUAAAUUAGUCCAACUUUACUUGAUUUGUAUAUUUUAAAUGUUUGUUUGAAAGGAAAAGCUCACUAAUAUGGCUAUCGAUGUGUAUUCAGCACUAACAGUGUAGGUUUCAAUUACAAUGACUGUAUUUUCUUGAUGUAGUAAGCCGUUGUUGCGCCUAGACCCUUCCAGUCAAAAUAACAGCACUUACAGUUUAUCGGGGCAACUCUAGCAGGGCAGAAAUUUGACAAACUGACUUGUUGGAAAAGUGGCAUCCUGUGACUGUGCAACGUUAAAAAUCUCUGAGCUCUUAAUUACGGGCCUUUCUACUGCCAUUGUUUUGUCUAUGGAGAUUGCAUGGCUGUGUGCUCAAUUUUAUGCACCUGUCAGCAACGAGUGUGGCUGAAGUAGCUGAAUCAACUCAUUUGAAGGGGUGUCCGGAUAUUUUUGGCCAUGUGGUGUACAUAGGUGCCGAUCAAAUCAAAUCAAAUUGUAUUUGUCACAUACACAUGGUUAGCGAGUGCAGCAAAAUGCUUGUGCUUCUAGUUCCGACAGUGUGGAAAUAUCUAACACGUAAUCUAACAAUUCCACAAA